AUGUUUGGCCCAGCUACACCUUCACUGUUCGCACCUCGAGUCCCGAUUCGCUUCCGACCAUCGGUUUUGAGACACGACAAUAAUACGGCAUUGAAGUCGCCAGAGAGCUUCUCGAGGAACUUCUAUGGCCUGGCAGCUCCCGAAUUCAAGAUUGGCGGCACGACCGUCGUUGGUCGCGACGUGACCGAGAGAAACGUCGAAUUCUUUGGCAGCAUCCCAUUCACUGAGCCCCCAGUUGGGAAGUUGAGGUUCAAGCCUCCGGUUUUGAAGACGAGACUCGAUACAGAUACAUUCAAUGCGACGCAAUACGGAAAGACAUGCCUGCAACCGGACUUUUCUGGGCCUCCGAAGGACAUAUCUGAAGACUGUUUGUUCAUCAAUAUUUAUCGUCCUGCUGGCACACGGCCAAAGGCAAAAUUGCCAAUCUAUGAUGCCAGCUCUUUUGGGUAUAUGGAGGGGGUUUCUUCGUCGGGGAGGCGAAUUCAUACGACGGCAGUGGCUUGGGUACUCCGGUUAUUUACGUCAAUUUCAACUAUCGCCUUGGACCAUUCGGCUAUCCACAAGGUCAAGAAGCCCAAGAUGAAAGAGUACUCAACCUGGGUCUUGAGGAUAUUGUGGCUGCCCUGGAAUGGCUCCACGCAAACGCAGACACUUUUGGCGGUGAUGCGAGCAAACGCCGGCUCUAUCAACAUAGGAACCCUACUGCUCAACCGGAAAGUCGAGAAACUGAUCCGAGGUGCUAUCCUCGAAUCUGGUACAGCCAGCUGUCUUUCCGCUGUCCCAGCUGCCGAAAAGAACACGCUUUGGGAGUCCUUCGUUCGUAGCGUCCCCUCUUGCGCAGGUGUGGCGGCGAGUGGCAAGACACUCCCUUGCCUACAAGACGCUACGGAAGAUGAAAUCUUGACCAGCUACCUCAAGUUCAUCAACACUGAUUUCUUGGCUAGCGGUCUCGCUUGGGUCCCUACUCUGGAUCUGGGUCCCGGUAGUCUCUUCCCCGGUGUACCUUCAGAACUGUACAGAAAGGGUAAAUUUGCCAGGAUUCCAUUCAUUGCAGGGACCACUCUCGAUGAGGGGACAUCGCUCGCUGGCCAGUUCCGUAACCCCAAUACCACUGAAGAAGCUCUUCGAAGGUAUAUAUCAGGGAUGAUUUCUCCCUUGGUCGCGCCAUCCCGUGCCGCCAGAGUCUCAGAUCGUAUCUUGGAAUUGUAUCCUGAUGUACCAGCCCUCGGAUCCCCCUACGGUACUGGCGACGAGCUGUGGGGACUUCCUUCGAUCUAUAAACGUGCAUCUUCUUUGCAGGGUGAUAUGGGCUUCGACGCACCCCGACGACAGUGGUCCCAAGCUGCAGCCAGCCAUGGGCACCGGGCAUAUGGUUAUUUAUUCACCCAACCCCAACCCGGUGACCCUGCAGUUGGUGUCACUCAUGGAACGGAGAUCCCUUGGAUGUAUGGGGGACCACCAGAUCCGUCUCCUUCUGCGCAACAGUUUAGUAAAAUCAUGAUGGACUACUGGAUCUCUUUUGCAGUCAGCCUGGAUCCAAACGAUGGCAAGGGCUCUGAACGUCCUAUUUGGCCCGAGUAUACCAAGAAGGAGCCGCUUGAAGGUGGAAACACGACGGCCAUCCCCGAUAACUAUAGGAAGGAGCCGAUUGGGUUUAUUAUUAGGAAUACGGCGGUUUUCAGGAGGUGA